CCCCCCCGGCCCCCUAAUGUUUAAAAAGACAAAGUCACGGAGUCCUUCUGGUGCCAGGUCUUCCAAGGAAAUAUUUGAACUAGUCUACUGACAUACACCAGAGUGAUUUCUUUACAUCACUGAAACUACAGCUUCUGGUUAAUCAGGGAAUACAAGUGGGUUAGCAGUUUGGUCUCUAUGUGAAGCAAACUACAUUGUUUAAGUUUGUUUUAGAGAGAGAACACUUUGUUUGCACUUUACAGAUCGUGAAACAUUUUGUGGCCGAGACACUCAGUAUGCACAUUGGUACAUAUAUUUGCAGGAGCAGCCAUUGAACUUUUAAAGAAAUUAAGGAACCAUAGACUUUUUGCAGUAUUUUAUUCCUCCUUGCAAAGACACUAACUUUACAAUUGAGAACUGAACAUCUAUAUACAUUUUGAUUAAGACGUCAGAUAAACACUUUUUAAAAAAUCUGAAGAUGAGUGCCCAUACACAAACAGCAGAGAAAGGACAGAACACUGCACUUAUGUGCCAGGAAAGCUACGUUUGCAGCGGGACUGAUGAAGCAAUCUUUGAGUGUGAUGAAUGUGGGAGCCUACAAUGCCAGCGCUGUGAAGAGGAACUGCAUAAGCAGCAAAGGCUACGAAACCACGAACGGACCCGUAUAAAACCUGGUCAUGUCCCUUACUGCGACUCCUGCAAGGGUGCCAAUGGGAAUAUAAUGCACAACAGUGCAACAAGCUCAAGGCAAAGGGCAGCAGUGAGGUGCCAGAUGUGCAAAAUAAACCUCUGUGUGGAAUGUCAGAAGAGGAUGCAUGCUGGAGGAAACAAAAGAAAACACCCAAUUACAAUAUACAAUGUUGGCAAACCCCAAGAACAGGAUGAAGAGGAUGGGAUGGAUGAGGAGACUAAGAGGAGGAAAAUGACGGAGAAGGUUGUAAGUUUCCUCUUGGUGGAUGAAACGGAGGAGAUUCAGGUGAAGAAUGAAGAAGACUUUAUUAAAAGACUGGACUGCACACCUGACCAGCAUCUCAAGGUGGUAUCCAUCUUUGGGAACACUGGAGAUGGCAAGUCACACACCCUUAAUCACACUUUCUUCUAUGGUCGAGAGGUCUUCAAGACCUCUCCAGCUCAAGAGUCCUGUACAGUUGGUGUAUGGGUAGCCUAUGACCCUGUCCGCAAAGUGGUGGUAAUAGACACAGAAGGUCUGCUUGGAGCUACUGUGAAUCUGAGCCAGAGAACACGGCUGCUUCUGAAGGUCCUGGCCAUUUCUGAUCUUGUCAUCUAUCGUACCCGUGCUGACAGACUCCAUAAUGACCUCUUCAAAUUCCUUGGGGAUGCUUCAGAGGCCUACCUGAAACAUUUCACCAAGGAGCUGAAGGCAACUACAGCCCGUUGUGGUCUAGAUGUUCCCUUGUCCACCCUAGGUCCUGGAGUGAUCAUCUUUCAUGAGACUGUGUACACCAAGCUCCUGGGCUCUGAUCACCCCUCCGAGGUGCCUGAGAAACUCAUUCAGGAUCGGUUUCGAAAACUAAGCUGUUUCCCCGAAGCCUUCAGCUCAAUUCACUACAAGGGAACAAGGACUUACAAUCCCCCUACAGACUUCUCGGGACUUAGGCGAGCUAUAGAGCAGCAGCUGGAGAACAAUACAACGCGCUCUCCCCGGCAACCUGGGGUUAUCUACAAAGCGCUGAAAGCACUGAGUGACCGGUUCAGUGGUGAGAUCCCUGAUGAGCAGAUGGCUCACAGCUCCUUUUUUCCAGAUGAGUAUUUCACUUGCUCCUCUGUAUGCCUCAGCUGUGGAUGUGGCUGCAAAAACAGUAUGAACCAUGCGAAAGAAGGAAUUCCUCAUGAAUCCAGGAGCCGAUGCAGAUACUCUCACCAGUAUGACAACAGAGUCUAUACUUGCAAGGGCUGUUACGAACGAGGGAAGGAGGUCAGCGUGGUGCCCAAAACGUCUGCUUCCACUGACUCGCCUUGGUUGGGCCUUGCCAAGUACGCCUGGUCAGGGUAUGUGAUUGAGUGCCCUAACUGUGGAGUGGUAUACCGCAGCCGACAAUACUGGUUUGGAAACCAAGAUCCUGUGGACACAGUGGUGAGGACGGAAAUCGAGCAUGUGUGGCCAGGAACGGAUGGAUUUCUGAAAGACAACAAUAAUGCAGCUCAACGUCUGCUAGAUGGGAUGAAUUUCAUGGCACAGUCCGUGUCUGAGCUUAGCUUGGGACCCACAAAAGCUGUGACCUCUUGGCUGACGGACCAGAUUGCUCCUGCCUACUGGAGACCCAACUCUCAGAUCCUGAAUUGCAACAAGUGUGGCAUACCCUUUAAAGAUAACGAUACUAAACAUCACUGCCGGGCCUGUGGAGAGGGCUUCUGUGAUGGCUGCUCAUCCAAGUCCCGCCCUGUCCCAGAGCGGGGGUGGGGUUCAGCACCUGUGCGAGUGUGUGACAGCUGCUAUGACAACAGGGGCAUCCAGUUAGAUGUGUCUGAGCCACAGACUGAUGAGGAAGGUGGAACGCUGAUUGCCAGGAAGGUCGGCGAGGCAGUGCAGAGCACUCUCGGAGCUAUGGUGACUGCCAUCGACAUUCCACUUGGUCUCGUGAAAGAUGCUGCGAGACCCAUGUACUGGGUACCAGAUCAUGAAAUCCUGCAUUGCCACAACUGCCGGAAGGAAUUCAACGUCAAGCUCUCCAAGCACCACUGCCGAGCCUGCGGCCAAGGGUUUUGCGAUGAGUGUUCCCACGACCGCAGAACAGUUCCUUCCCGUGGAUGGGAUCAUCCAGUUCGAGUCUGUUUUAACUGCAAUAAAAAACCCGGUGACCUUUAACCCCAGCUUCCCCUCCAGGUCCUUCACAAUUCCUUAGGUUCUCAGGGUUAGAAAAAAUAUUUGGUUUCCCUUUCACCUUUUAACCUGUUGCAGCCAGAGUGCAUGUUUCUGAUCUCCAGCCCCCUCUCAUGUUAUUUCCAUCCUGGAAUGCUGGGAAAUGAGCUUGAGUGAAUAAACUGGGCCUUCAGGUUUUAAUUUCAAAAUGAUUGGGGAAGAGGGGAGCUCACUUGUAAAAUGAGCAAACCAAAAUCCAAUGUAUUUUAUUCCUGUUAAAGUAUUUAUCUAUCUCUCUAUAUAAUUUAGUAUACUAAGGAUGCAGUUGGCAAAUGAAGCUUUGAGUAUUUCUAGCUCAAAUAAAGAGAUGCAGUUGUUCCCUGCUGUAUUGGGUUGAACUUUGUAGCUACUGCAGUGCCUUCCAGCUCUUUUUUUAAAUGUUUUGCUGCUUAUGUUGUCCUGCUUGUAAAGAUUUGGGCCCUUUGCCAGGGAGGCUCAGGGCUUCUCGAGUGGGACACAUGAAUUGCAUUUGACAAUGGGAAUGGCCCUGCAUCUGGAAGCCCCCCAUCUCAUGGCACAAAAGGGUUAAAUCCAUAUCAGUUUGCAAAGUCUAUUUCCAUCACAGUCCCAAGUGCUAGGCGUGCAGGUCAUGGGACUGUGGUGCAGGGAAGAGGAAGUAAAGCUAAUGCCCUGGUAGAGUUUCAGCUAGGGCUGUCAAAGGAAAAAUAAAUGGGUUGGCACCAAGGCACCUCCAGUAACAGGCAUUUCAACUUCAGUACAGGAUCUCAAGGUAACAGAGUUGUCUUUUUCUCACCACAUUUGCCCUGCAUUUGGAGUUCCUUUGGGAAGACAAAUUUCUCCGUGAAGCUUGUUGCACGUCAAGAGCCUCAUGUUCCAAGCAGAGAUAAGAGAAGUCCUGGUUAGGUGAAAGAAUGCAUGGCCUGAAGUCUGUUUGCCUGGGUUGUAAUUACUUAAGUUGUUUAUGUGGUUCCCAAAUCCGUGGUGCUUCUUGGAGAUAGCUGUAUGGAAAGGACUCCAAUCCUGUAAUAAAACAAAUCUGCCAAUCCAUCUGGAAAACAGGAACCUCUUCUCUCCUGCUCUUAGCAAGUUACAUCUGCUGAACUUUUUAUCCUUUCAGGAGAUGCUUACGUGAAACCACUGACCCAUAUGCAUCCGUGAUCAAACCACUCAGCUAAACUAAUACUCUGUUUUUCUGUGGAUUAUUGGCUCCCACAACAAGAAACAAGACCAUCAUGAACUGAACUGGGUUAGAAAAUAUCCUGUUUGGCUCAUGUGGACAAAGGUGGUCCUACUGGAGGAGACUUGUCUUCACCUGUAGUGACUGGAGUUUUGAUGCAAUUCCCUGGAACUGAUCUUUGUCCAACUUGUUAAAUGUGCAGUUGUGUAGUUCAACACCCAACUCCCCCAUUUAGGACUGUAUUAUUCAAUUGUCUGCUAUAAAAAGACUAUACUUUCUGAA